ACUUGAGAGCAAAUGACAAAAUUAGUUUUACCUGCAAUAUGCUAAUAGACUUGAUCGAAGUAAUAAGACACAAAAUUAAAACACUCCUUAUCUAUCAGUUCCAGUAGGUUGAAUAAAGAAUCGACCUAGUUGCAAAAACCAUAAACCUAAAGGUCAAAUGGUCACCACUCUCAGUUGUACAACCAAAUUUUUAUCUAAAGAGGCUUAUGUUUCAAUUAAAAAAAUUUUAAUCUCUAAUCCUCCUUCUACAACUCCAUUUAUUGAACUCCAUUCUAUUUUUCGUGGAUUGAUAUCGGAAUUGAAAUCUUCUACUUGCCUAGCUUAAAUCCCCAAGAAUAAAAUCGUAGUGCCAAGAGAUACCAAAAGAUUGAUUUCAAAGGCGACCUUGUAUUGGAAAGUGAAAGGGGCGCAAACUAUUGCACGAUGGAGGGAAUUUCGGAGGAAGUUAAAAGAUAUAAGAACAAAGAUAAAAAAAAAGCACUAAAUUUAAAUUUAAAUUGAAAAUUUCAAGGACACAACACACAGUAUCAUAAUUAGUUUAUUCUAUGGUAGCCAAUUACCAAUAUACCUUUAGCAAAAUAUUAAGGCGAGAGCAAAAAAAUUAAAAUUGAGAAAAUUACAUGAAACUAUACUAUGAAACUGAAGUAUCAAGCACCAUAAAAAUACAUACGGUAGACUUAGUGGGCUUGGUAAUCAUGAUGGAAAAUUCAUCCAAUUUUCAGAGUUUAACUUUGUGUAUGUUUUGUACUAAAAAAGAUACAAAAUAUUUGUUUAGUGUAAUUGGUUGAGAUUGUUGUCUUUGUUUUAAGAGAAUCGGGUUCGAAUCCUCAUAUUGUUAUUUUUUAUAUGAGAUAAAUAAUUAAUUGUAAAGACAAAAAUGUCCUUCCUACUUUCACUCUCGUUGUAGGAAAUUUGAAAUGGAGAAAAGUUCACAAAACUCUACCAUAUAUUGUUGGAGGAUUUGUGGCAUCCAAAUUCAUUUUCGUCUCGUCCCACAUAUGUCGAUGAAGAAGAUGGGGAGGAGAAUCUAUGAUGACGAGAUCGAUACCAUGAAGGCAAGGGGCCCUCGGCAGACGGUUUGGGUCAACCGCCAAAUUAAUGGCCCUACAAGUCAUGCUCGUACCUAUAUCCGUGGCCAUGAUGAGGGGAGGAAAAUGGCCACAAAGAAAUUGGAGGAGUUUCCUCAAACCGCUAUGGGCAAUUCGUUCCAAGAUAGCAAACCAAAACAAGAGCAGGGGUUGAAACCAGCUCCGUCCAAGACUGCGAGUCCGCGGGGUUUUCCUAUCAAUAAACCACCACGGAUUCAAUUAGGGAGAGGAAGAAAUAAAAAACAAGGGCAGGGUGGAAAUAAAAAUGACCAUUGUCGGCAGGAUGCUGAUGGGAGUGAGGUUCGGAUUUCCCUUGGCGGCCCUAGCGCUGGUCAAUCAGAGCUGAAAAAUAACUCGCCGGACAUCCUCGCCGAAACUCGGCGUCGACGGCUCAUUCUGGAAUCAGACUCCGAUGAUGAUUCCCUGGCAAUUGACCGGGCUCCUAAAGCGAAUGGGCCAGGGCCCGCAAAGGUUAGGGGGCCUGUUACAAAGCUCCCUCUUCAGAAUCGGGAAGGCUGGGCUGGAGUUAAUACCCGCCCAUUGGGAGAAAUGAUUGAUGGUCGUGGUGAUGGGCCCGCGACAAAGACCGAGAUUAUUAAGGGCCAGGGGACGGCCCAGAAUAGCCAAGCUUCUCAUUGCCCUAAGCCACAGCAGGCCCGACCCACUAGAAGGGGAAAGCUGCGCAAGGCCCAGGGUGCGGAAGGACUAGCUAGGAGAAAUGGCGGCCCAAAGACAGUAAAAGAGGUGCAGUCUGGGCCCGCAGAAUUGGGUGGGGCAGUUGGGCAACCCCAGGAGUCGGCUCCCAAGGCUACUGUGAUUAAAGCUCUAGUUUCGGAUAAUUCGGAGUCUGAGGAGGAUAAUCAAUGUUUUGAAAUUAAACGAAGGGGUCCCUCCUCUAGGACUACUGAAAUUUCUACUCAUUCAAAGGGGAGAGUUAGCCAAGUGGUGGCCGCUUUUGAAGCAGGACUCACAAUUAAUUCAGAGGCUCAACUGAUUUCCCAGGAGAAGAUGGAAAUUAAUACUCCGAAUCAGGAGGAGAAUAUUAUACUUCAGGGAGAGAGCUCCCAUCUGGAUGAAUAUGGGUCGAAUUUGCUAAACCCUGAGAUUAGGACGCGAAAGCGCCGUUGGAGGCUAUAGAGGGCGAUCUGGGAGAUGUACCCUCGCCAAAAAAACAAUUUAUUGAAGUUGUUGAUAAUCUGGAACAGGUGGAGGAAGCCAGCCUAGAGUGGCCCCAGACCGAUAAAUGAAACUUUUGGCCUGGAAUGUGAGAGGAAUUGAACCAUCCCUCACAUUCCAAACUGCUGUCGGUUUAGUUCGUUCUAAUAAACCGGAUCUCGUGUUCUUCUCUGAGAUGCGAUCGAGCCGGCGUGUUGUCUCCCGUCGUAUGCGGGGUUUGGGUUUUGUUCUCUAAUUGUUUUUUUGUUGAUGCUGUUGAUGCAUCGGGUGGGUUAGUUGUAGCUUGGUCCCCCGAAGUUGAUGCUUCGGUGUUUUAUCAUUCGGAUUUUUGUAUUUGCGUCAGAAUUAAUGAAGUGGAUUUUUCUUAUAUUGUGGUUUGUGCCUACAUUAGUUGCAACAACUUGAUCAGAGCUUCCCAAUUGGCUCACCUCCAGGAGCUCUGCUCUACUUUCUAUCUUCCCUAUGUGAUUAUGGGUGAUUUCAAUAAAACUCUUCAUGAGAGUGAAAAGGAUGGUGGUAACCCUUGGAAUGCUUCUCAGGCGAUUAGCCUUCGUGAUUUUAUUCACGAGUUGGGACUCCAUGAUUCAGGCUUCCUUGGGGACUAGUUCACCUGGACUAAUAAGAGGAUGGGUGCAGCUUGUAUCCGUGAACGUCUAGAUAGGGCCCUUUGCUCCAACCUUUGGAUGGAUCGUUUCCCGGAGACCUUGGUCAAACACUUUACUGAUCAAGGGUCUGAUCAUCGGGCUAUUAUUAUCUCCGAUAAAGCCUAUGCCAGAAA